ACUCCGGUUAUCCGGUUCCCGGUUGUUUAAUUUUUAAGUUUUAAUUUAUUUAUUAAAUGGAAAAAUGAAUUUAAAUAUAUGCAGGCUAUGCGGUGAAAACGAGGGAACGAUUUACGUGUUUUCUCAAUGCGAUAAACUUCCAGCCAGUGCUAAAAUAAUCCACUGUUGUCCUAAUGUGAAUGUUGUUGAAGGCGAUGGUUUACCAGCAAAUAUUUGUGUAAAAUGUGGAGAAGAACUUGAUGCAGUCUACAGGUUUGUUGUAAAAUGUGAAGUUACUGAUCAAAGGUUACGUUCACAUGCUAGUAUCGACAGAGCGAGCACACUUACCACUAUAAAUGAAGACGAAGAAAACUAUACAACAAAAGUUGAAGUGAAAUUAGAAGAACAAUUAAUCGACGAGAGCCCUUGCGAUGAUCUCGAUGAUGAGGAACACAAGGAAGAAAUACCAAUGAAGUCUGAAGGAAACAAAACUAAAGCCAAAAGAACCUACAAUAAAAAAAAUAAAGAUGCAGAAGUUGAAUCAUAUAAGUGCUCAGUCUGUGGCCAUAAAAGUACCACAUCGUCGUCACUCACUGUUCACAUGAGAAACCACACUGAUGAGAGACCAUUUUGUUGCCACAGUUGUGAUAAAAAAUACAAGGACCAAGGAGGCUUAAAGAGGCAUAUAGACAGGAACCACUUUGUGGGUGAAAGAGAAAGGAAUUACAUGUGUGAGAACUGUGGUAGAGGUUUUUAUACAAGAAAUGAUGUCAGAGUGCACAUGCGCACUCAUACUGGAGAAACACCUUAUCCAUGUCCAGAAUGCCCUCUGAAGUUCACACAAAUAAGUUCUCUAGUCCGGCAUAAAAGGAGACAUGCUGGCGAGAAGCCUCACAGUUGUGAUACAUGUGGCAAACAAUUUUGCACAAAAGAGGAACUAAAAUAUCACUUAGAUGUUCAUACUGAUGUGAAAAAGUUUGCAUGCUCAGUUUGUAACAUUCCAUUCAAAUAUAAGAACAAUUUAAGGAAGCACAUGGUGAAACAUUCAAGACCAAAUAGUUUUGUUUGCACCCAUUGUGGGCUUACAUUUCACCAACAAAGCAACCUGAAGGGGCACAUGCGGCGUCAACAUUCAGAGAAGUCAGGAUACUGUAAUGUCUGUUCCAAGAGUGUUCCAAACAUUGAAGUUCAUACAUGGAAGCAUACAGGACAGAAACCCUUAAAAUGCGAUCAGUGCACAAGCACAUUUUCCACCUUUAAAACACUGGGACGACAUAUCAAUUAUAAACACAAGCAAACAGACAAAUUCAAGUGUACAUUUGAAAAUUGUGGCAUGCAUUUCCCUGCACGGGCGAUGUUGGAACUGCAUUUUCUUAAGCAGCAUGAGAAUAAUAUACCAUUCCCCUGUAAUCGUUGUUCUAGAGGCUUCUACAGAAAGAAUGAUCUUGCUAGACAUAAGCUUGGUACUCACAAAGAGAGACUAGAAUCUUGAGUAAGAGUUGCUAAAAUUUAGUUGUACUAAACAAUUGGAUAUAUUUAUUCUAGUCACAAAAAACCAUUGUAAUUUUUACUAGGAAUUAUUUGAAAUCUAUCUGAAAUUAUGAAUCUCAUAAGUAUAAAAAUGUACUACAAUGUAAUUUAAAUAAUAAAUAGUACUGAAGUAUUUUCUUCAUUAAAAAUCU